AUGUGGCUGCGGCUUGGCCUGCCCUCGCUGUCCCUGAGCCCCAAACCCACAGUCGGCCGCAGCCUGAGCCUCACCCUCUGGUUCGUCAGUUUGGUGCUGAGGGCCAGUACUCAGGCCCCAGCGCCCACGGUCAAUACUCACUUUGGAAAGCUUAGGGGUGCCCGGGUACCAUUGCCCAGUGAGAUCUUGGGGCCUGUGGACCAAUACCUAGGGGUGCCCUACGCGGCGCCCCCGAUCGGCGAGAAACGUUUCCUGCCCCCUGAACCACCCCCAUCCUGGUCUGGCAUCCGGAACGCCACACACUUUCCCCCAGUGUGCCCCCAGAACAUCCACACAGCUGUGCCCGAAGUUAUGCUGCCAGUCUGGUUCACUGCCAACUUGGACAUCGUCGCUACUUAUAUCCAGGAGCCCAAUGAAGACUGUCUCUACCUGAAUGUCUAUGUGCCCACGGAGGAUGUAAAGCGGAUUUCCAAGGAAUGCGCCCGAAAGCCCAACAAGAAAAUUUGUAGGAAAGGAGGAUCCGGCGCUAAGAAACAGGGCGAGGACUUAGCGGAUAAUGACGGGGAUGAAGAUGAAGACAUCCGGGACAGUGGCGCUAAACCUGUCAUGGUCUAUAUCCACGGAGGCUCUUACAUGGAAGGGACAGGCAACAUGAUUGACGGCAGUGUCCUCGCCAGCUAUGGCAACGUCAUCGUCAUCACCCUCAACUACCGGGUUGGGGUGCUAGGCUUCCUGAGCACCGGAGAUCAGGCUGCCAAGGGCAACUAUGGGCUCCUUGACCAAAUCCAGGCCCUCCGCUGGGUGAGCGAGAAUAUCGCCUUCUUCGGAGGAGAUCCCCGCCGUAUCACCGUCUUCGGCUCGGGCAUCGGCGCGUCCUGUGUCAGCCUCCUCACACUGUCCCAUCACUCUGAGGGGCUUUUCCAGAGGGCCAUCAUCCAAAGUGGCUCUGCUCUGUCCAGCUGGGCUGUGAACUACCAGCCGGUGAAGUACACCAGCCUGUUGGCAGACAAAGUGGGCUGUAACGUGCUGGACACCGUGGAUAUGGUGGACUGCCUUCGACAAAAGAGCGCCAAGGAGCUGGUAGAACAGGACAUCCAGCCAGCCCGCUACCACGUGGCCUUUGGCCCCGUGAUUGACGGUGAUGUCAUUCCUGAUGACCCAGAGAUCCUCAUGGAACAAGGCGAGUUCCUCAACUAUGAUAUUAUGCUAGGUGUCAACCAGGGCGAGGGCCUCAAGUUUGUGGAAGGGGUGGUCGACCCCGAGGACGGUGUCUCUGGCACUGACUUUGACUAUUCCGUCUCCAACUUUGUGGACAAUCUGUAUGGCUAUCCCGAGGGGAAGGACACCCUCCGGGAGACCAUCAAGUUCAUGUACACAGACUGGGCAGACCGCGACAAUCCUGAGACCCGCCGUAAAACACUGGUGGCGCUCUUCACCGACCACCAGUGGGUGGAGCCUUCGGUGGUGACGGCCGAUCUGCAUGCGCGCUAUGGCUCACCUACCUACUUCUACGCCUUCUACCAUCACUGCCAGAGCCUCAUGAAGCCUGCUUGGUCAGAUGCAGCUCAUGGGGACGAAGUACCCUACGUCUUUGGUGUCCCCAUGGUAGGUCCCACUGACCUUUUCCCCUGCAACUUCUCCAAGAAUGAUGUUAUGCUCAGUGCUGUUGUCAUGACCUAUUGGACCAACUUUGCCAAGACUGGGGAUCCCAACAAGCCGGUCCCCCAGGACACCAAGUUCAUUCACACCAAGGCCAACCGCUUUGAGGAAGUGGCCUGGUCCAAAUACAAUCCCCGAGACCAGCUCUACCUUCACAUCGGGCUGAAACCAAGGGUCCGCGAUCAUUACCGGGCCACCAAGGUGGCCUUUUGGAAACACCUGGUGCCCCAUCUGUAUAACCUGCAUGACAUGUUCCACUAUACGUCCACAACCACCAAAGUGCCGCCCCCGGAUACCACCCACAGCUCCCACAUCACCCGCAGGCCCAAUGGCAAGACCUGGAGCACCAAGCGGCCAGCCAUCUCACCUGCCUACAGCAACGAGAACGCCCAAGGCUCCUGGAAUGGGGACCAGGACGCAGGGCCACUCCUGGUGGAGAAUCCUCGUGACUACUCCACCGAAUUGAGUGUCACCAUCGCUGUGGGGGCCUCCCUCCUGUUCCUUAACGUGCUGGCCUUUGCUGCCCUCUACUACCGUAAGGACAAGCGGCGCCAGGAGCCCCUGCGGCAGCCUAGCCCUCAGAGGGGAGCCGGGGCCCCAGAAUUAGGAGCUGCUCCCGAGGAGGAGCUAGCAGCGUUACAGCUGGGCCCCACCCACCAUGAGUGUGAGGCCGGCCCCCCGCACGACACGCUGCGCCUCACCGCCUUGCCCGACUACACCCUGACCCUGCGGCGCUCCCCUGAUGACAUCCCACUCAUGACCCCCAACACCAUCACGAUGAUCCCCAACUCGCUGGUAGGGCUGCAGACCUUGCACCCCUAUAACACCUUUGCCGCAGGGUUCAACAGCACCGGGCUGCCCCACUCACACUCCACCACCCGGGUAUAG